AUGGCGACUUCGAACAAUCCGCGGAAAUUUAGCGAGAAGAUCGCACUGCACAACCAGAAGCAGGCGGAGGAGACGGCGGCCUUCGAGGAGGUCAUGAAGGACCUGAGCCUGACGCGGGCCGCGCGGCUUCAACUGCAAAAAUCCCAGUACCUCCAGCUGGGCCCCAGCCGUGGCCAGUACUAUGGCGGGUCCCUGCCCAACGUGAACCAGAUUGGAAGUAGCAGCGUGGACCUCUCCUUCCAGACCCCAUUUCAGUCCUCAGGCCUGGACACGAGUCGGACCACACGGCAUCAUGGGCUUGUGGACAGAGUGUACCGUGAGCGGGGCAGACUUGGCUCCCCACACCGCCGACCCCUGUCAGUAGACAAGCACGGGCGACAGGCUGACAGCUGCCCCUAUGGCACCGUGUACCUCUCGCCUCCUGCAGACACCAGCUGGAGGAGGACCAACUCUGACUCUGCCCUGCACCAGAGCACAAUGACACCCACCCAGGCAGAGUCCUUCCCAGGCGGGUCCCAGGAUGCGCACCAGAAGAGAGUCUUACUGCUGACCGUCCCGGGAAUGGAGGAGGCCGGGUCCGAGACAGACAAGACCCUUUCUAAGCAGCCCUGGGACUCAAAGAAGGCGGGUUCCAGGCCCAAGUCCUGUGAGGUCCCCGGAAUCACCAUCUUUCCAUCGGCAGACCAGGAGAACACAACAGCUCUGAUCCCUGCUACCCACAACACAGGAGGCUCCCUUCCCGACCUUACCAAUAUCCACUUCCCCUCCCCACUCCCGACACCGCUCGACCCCGAGGAGCCUCCGUUCCCUGCUCUCACCAGCUCCAGCAGCACCGGCAGCCUUGCACAUCUGGGCGUUGGCAGCGCAGGCCAGGGUUUGAACACCCCCAGCUCUUCUCCACAGCACCGGCCGGCAGUCGUCAGCCCCCUGUCUCUGAGCACAGAGGCCAGGCGGCAGCAGACCCAGCAGGUGUCACCCACCCUGUCUCCGCUGUCACCCAUUACUCAGGCCGUGGCCAUGGACGCCCUGUCCUUGGAGCAACAGCUGCCCUAUGCCUUCUUCACCCAGGCUGGCUCCCAGCAGCCUCCUCCACAGCCUCAGCCACCACCUCCACCUCCACCGGUAUCCCAGCAGCAGCCACCGCCCCCACAGGUGUCUGUGGGCCUCCCCCAGGGUGGUCCACUGCUGCCCAGUGCCAGCCUGACUCGGGGGCCCCAGCUGCCGCCACUGUCAGUCACUGUACCAUCCACUCUUCCCCAGUCCCCCACAGAGAACCCAGGCCAGCCACCAAUGGGGAUUGAUGCCACCUCGGCACCACCUCUGCAGUACCGCACGAGCGCAGGGUCACCAGCCACCCAGUCUCCCACCUCUCCAGUCUCCAACCAAGGCUUCUCCCCUGGAAGCUCCCCACAGCACACGUCCACCCUGGGCAGCGUGUUUGGGGAUGCGUUCUAUGAGCAGCAGAUGACAGCCAGGCAGGCCAAUGCUCUGUCCCGCCAGCUGGAGCAGUUCAACAUGCUGGAGAGUGCCAUCAGCUCCAGUAGCCUGUACAGCCCGGGCCCAACACUCAACUACUCGCAGGCGGCCAUGAUGGCUCUGAGCGGGAGCCAUGGCAGCCUACAGGACCCACAGCAGCUCGGCUACACAGGCCACGGUGGAAUCCCCAACAUCAUCCUCACAGUGACAGGAGAGUCACCACCAAGCCUCUCUAAGGAACUGAGCAGCACACUGGCAGGGGUCAGUGACGUCAGCUUUGAUUCGGACCACCAGUUUCCGCUGGACGAGCUGAAGAUCGAUCCUCUGACCCUCGACGGACUUCAUAUGUUAAAUGACCCCGACAUGGUCUUAGCCGACCCAGCCACCGAGGACACCUUCCGAAUGGACCGCCUGUGAGUGGCUGUGCCUGCCACCCGCCGCUGGUCAGUCUCCAACGGCGCUGCCCCAAACCUGGGGAUGGCAAUGCUGUCCCCCUUGCCAACGGCCAAGCUUGUGGUUCUGAGCUUGCAAUGCUGCCCAGCGCCCCCUGCCAGCCGCCACCCCGGUUGUUCACCUCCCAUGAUGCCUGGCGUGAGGCCGUUGUGUACUAGGCUGGCUAUCUGUCUGUCCAUCCAUCCACCUGGGGCCAGGCUGAUCGCCGAGGCUGUGAGUGCCUGGCCCCCAUGGACGUUCCCCAUGCUGGCUCCCUCACCCCUCACUGGGGAUGUGAGAGCCCUCACCAGUGGUCCACUUUCAAGAUACCCAAAGUGUCACUCCCAGAUGUGCUGUGCAAGGAGGUCGGGGGUGUGGGCGUGGCCACCCAGAGGCUGAGGUGCGCCAUCCAUUCGACUGUUCUCAGCUGUCACUGCCUUCCUCAUCCCUGUCCCCACCGCCAUCCCCAGCCCUGGUCAGGUCAUGCAUGCCCACCAUGCCUAGGGCAAAGACAGCCGAGCAAAGGGGCAGACCUGGACCAGAAUAAACACUGUUCGAUGGCUGCCUUUUA